UUUGAAUUGUGUUAUCAAUUGCAACAAACUUGGAGUGGGAUCUGUGGCAAAUGGUUGUGAAGAAUGCUUUCCUGCAAGGUGAACUAGAAGAUGAAGUAUACAUGCAUCCACCUCCUGGUCUUGAGCAUCUAGUAAAGCCAGGGAAUGUUUUAAGUUUGAAGAAGGCAAUGUAUGGGCUAAAACAGUCACCUAGAGCUUGGUACAGGAAGCUGAGUACCACUCUCAAUGGGAGAGGAUUUAGGAAGUCUGAACUGGAUCACACUCUCUUCACCUUGACAGGACCUUCAGGGAUCAUUGUGAUUCUAGUGUAUGUGGAUGAUUUGAUUAUCACAGGAAGUGAUAAGGCAGGGAUUCAGGCUACUAAGGAGUUUCUCAAAUCAGUGUUUGACAUCAAGGAUUUGGGAGAGAUGAAGUAUUUUCUGGGUAUUGAGAUAUGCAGAUCAAAGGAGGGCUUGUUCAUGUCUCAAAGAAAGUACACUCAGGAUCUGUUGAAGGGCGCUGGUAAGCUUGGAGGAAAGACAGCUAAGACACCUCUUGAGGAUGGGUAUAAGGUUUUGCUUGAGGGCGAGAUUGAAAACAAUCAGCCAUUUGAAGAUGCUAAGCUGUAUAGGAAGAUGGUUGGGAAGCUGAUCUACUUGACAAUCACCAGACCAGACAUAUGUUUUGCUGUGAAUCAAGUUAGCCAGCAUAUGCAAGCUCCAAAGAUGCACCAUUGGAACAUGGUAGACAGGAUCUUGAGGUAUUUGAAUGGCUCUAGUGGCCAAGGAGUCUGGAUGGGAUGCAAUAGGAGUACAGAAGUGGUUGGUUAUUGUGAUGCUGACUGGGCCGGAGAUAGAGUUGAUAGGAGAUCAACUACUGGGUAUUGUACCUUCAUUGGAGGGAACUUGGUUACAUGGAAGAGUAAGAAGCAGAAGGUUGUCUCCUGUUCCAGUGCUGAGGCUGAAUAUAGAGCCAUGUUGAAGCUGACUAAUGAGCUAGUGUGGAUCGAAGUGAUAUUGAAGCAUUUGAGUAUUGAGCAGACCACUCCUAUGACAAUGCAUUGUGACAAUCAGGCUGCUAUUCACAUUGCCUCUAAUUCUGUGUUUCAUGAGAGAACAAAGCACAUAGAAGUUGAUUGUCACAAGGUGAGGCAGAUGAUUGUCCUAGGAGUAAUACUGCCAUGCUACACGAGGAGUGAGGAUCAACUGGCUGAUGUGUUUACUAAGGCAGCGAGGCAGAAGACAAUAGAGUUCAUACUAUCAAGGCUUGGACUCGUUGAUCUUACUCCCAUGAGCUGAUCCCCUUAACCAUGGAGUCUCUACUCUUUUUCCCUCAUCAAGGUUUUAUCCCAAUGGGUUUUCCUUGGUGAGGUUUUUAAUGAGGGAGAUAUUCAUGGUUUCCAAGCUAGACAAGUUCAUUUAGUCUAGCUUGAGGGGGAGUGUUGAGAUGAAGAUCAAGCAGAGACAGUAACUUUAGAGAUUUACCAUGGUAACUUUAGAAUUUACCUCAGUUACUUUGGAGUUACCAUAUCUGGAUGGAAGUGACUUGGGAAGUUACCUUGGCUCUAUACUGAUGAAGGAACUCGUCCAAGAGAGGGAUGGAUAAGGAUUGGGGCUAGCUGGAAAGGUAAAGCUACUUUACAGCCUGUCUAAGCAUGUGAAGCAUCUCAGCCUAUUAUUUGUAUUGACCUCACAUGCUUAUAGUCUAAGUUGAAUUCACUGAACCUAGACAUGAUUGUAAUCUCCUUAUAUCUUGUAUGCUCUCAUCUGAAUGAAUUAAUCUGAGUUUUGAGUC